AUGCCGACUGAAAAUUUGACUGAUAAACGCAUGUGCAAGUUCAAAAACCGGGGCAAGGAACCCACGAAAAUGCGUGAACGCAGAGUUGCAGAGUGUGUGGAGCUCCGGAAAGCUCAGAGAGUGGAGAGUAUCCUGAAGAGGAGGAAUAUCUCCUCCGUACAUGAUGAAGAGCCCCUGUCUCCAGAGUACAACACCGACAACGAACAGGUCAUUUCUGCAACAAUCCAAGAAAUUAUAGCCAAUGUUACCAGUGACUGUUCAGAAAGACAGCUGCAGGGUUGUCAAACGGCCAGGAAGCUGCUGUCUCGAGAAAGGAAUCCUCCACUAAAGGAAAUAGUGGACGCCGGCCUUCUGUCUCACUUUGUCGAGUUUCUGGGCAGAAAUGAUAACCCAACUUUGCAGUUCGAGGCUGCCUGGUCCCUCACCAAUGUGGCAUCUGGCACAUCGUGGCACACCCAGCAGGUGGUAGAACAUGGUGCAGUACCUGCGUUUAUUGCCCUUCUGGCUUCACCCAUGCUCAACAUAAGUGAACAAGCAGUCUGGGCCCUGGGCAACAUUGCAGGUGAUGGUCCAGCAUAUCGAGAUGCACUGAUUGACUGCAAUGUAAUCCCUGCACUGCUGGCUCGGGUAACACCGGAUGCCCCGGUCGGCUACCUCCGCAACUUGACGUGGACCCUCUCAAACCUGUGCAGAAAUAAGAAUCCCUUCCCUCGCUUUUCAGCUGUCCAGCAAAUGCUUCCAUCCCUUAUACAGCUGCUUCACCACAGUGAUAAAUCUGUCCUGUCUGAUGCAUGCUGGGCCAUCUCCUACCUCACAGACGGACCCAACGAGCGCAUUGACAUUGUGAUCAAGACCGGAGUGCUUCCACGACUGGUUGAACUUCUAGGCUUUGAAGAGCUUGCAGUUGUGACCCCAGCACUUCGUUCUAUUGGAAACAUUGUAAGUGGCUCCGAUCACCAGACCCAGAUGGCCAUCGACGCGGGCGUGCUGAGCGCCUUGCCCAAAUUGAUGCGUCACCCCAAACCCAGCGUACAAAAGGAGGCUGCCUGGACUGUGUCUAACAUCGCGGCUGGACCAAAGCAACAGAUUCAGCAACUAAUCACAUGUGGUCUACUACCACACCUUGUGGAUCUACUGAAGAACGCUGACUUUAAAACUCAGCGAGAGGCUGUCUGGGCAGUCACCAACUACACGAGUGGAGGAACAGUGGAGCAGGUAGUACAGCUUGUAAGGUGUGGUGGCUUGGAAGCCAUUAUAAACUUGCUGCAGGUCAAAGAUGCAAAGACUGUCCUAGUCAUCCUGGAUGCUGUCAAUAACAUUUUCCUGGCUGCAGAGAAGCUGGGAGAGCUAGAAAAGCUAUGCCUGCUGGUUGAAGAGCUGGGUGGCUUGGAUCGCAUCGAGCAGCUUCAGAAUCAUGAAAACAAUACUGUGUACCGUGCUGCCCAAGCACUUAUUGAAAAGUACUUCAGUGAGGAUGGUGAAGAUGAAUGCCUAAAGACUGAGGCCACUGAAACGGACUUUGUUUUUGGGCCUGCUGAGGUCCAAAGAAGAUUUGACUUCUAA